CCUGUCUCAGAAUCCAUAUCCUGAAAAUUGCUCAGUGCCUCAAACUUCGUCAAUCCCUCAAGGGCUUCAACCCUAAAUACUCCUAUUUUAAUUUUUUCUUCGAUCAAAAUCUCGUUAGAAAUUUGAGUUCAAUCCUCAAAAUAGGUGGUGGUUCUUCUCGCUGGGCCGCCUACUGAUCAUCUUGCCGGCAGAUCUUCCGUCUCAGUUUCUUGCUUGUGAUUUUACUGGGACGACUUAUUCGUAGUUUUUUAGUGGAUUAAGAACUGUAUGGGAGUGCUGAAGAAUCUGCCUAGAGAAAGGAAGUUUUGAGUCCAGUUUCCAUCGUGAUAGAUCAUCGCCUGGGACUCUGAAAAUUCUGUACUCACCAGACUGAAAGAAGAAGGCAAACAAAUUUUCGAUUGGAAUUUGACCAGAAUAAUAGAGCAUGAGGAUAGUGGGAUUGACUGGAGGCAUUAGUUCAGGAAAGAGCACGGUCUCCAAUCUUUUUAAAGCCCACGGUAUUCCCGUUGUUGAUGCUGACAUCGUUGCUCGAAAUGUAUUGAAGAAAGGCGCGGGGGGAUGGAGAAAAGUAGUGGCUGCAUUUGGGGAUGAUAUUUUACUGGCUAAUGGAGAAGUGGAUCGCCCAAGGCUUGGGCAAAUUGUCUUCUCUGAUCCUGAUAAGCGCCAGCUUCUUAAUAGGUUGCUUACACCUUAUAUUUCAUCUGGAAUUUUCCUCGAAGUGUUGAAGCUAUGGAUGAAGGGUUGUAAAAUUAUCGUUCUUGACGUGCCUCUACUGUUUGAAGCCAAGAUGGACAAGUGGACGAAGCCCAUUAUUGUAGUUUGGGUUGAUUCUCAGACUCAACUUCAGCGACUUACAACUAGAGAUGGGACAACGGAGGAAGAGGCGAAAAACAGGAUCAAUGCUCAGAUGUCUCUGGAUCUAAAGAGAACCAAGGCAGAUAUUGUGAUUGAUAACUCAGGAUCACUGGAGGAUUUGAACGAUCGCUUCAGUGAGGUACUCAUACAGGUCAAAAAGCCUUUGACAUGGCGUGAAUUUGGGGUUUCUAGGGACGGAGUUCUCUUAGGUUUUGUUUCUAUUCUGUUCGGCAUCUUCAUAUGCAGGAAAAUCUUGUAAUUGUAUAGUAAUGAUGAUGAUGACGAUGAUGAUUGUAGAUGAAUUUAAACUGUGCUAAAUUCUCAAAUGUAUUAAUAAUUUACUUUAUUGAUAUUGUAA